AUGGAAAAUGCCUCUGAAACAUUCUUGUUUGUGUCCAGAAUAUCAAAAGGCAAUGACUUCCUCAUGGGCACGCUCUACACUGUUUUUGGUUUGCUGUCGAUUGUGGGAAAUGGGAUCCUGCUAUUCGUGGCUUAUAGAAAGAAGUCCUCCCUGAAGCCAGCUGAGUUCUUUGUGGUUAAUCUGGCCAUCAGUGACCUAAGCAUGACCAUAACACUGUUCCCACUGGCCAUCUCAUCAGCCUUCACUCACAAGUGGCUCUUCAAUGAGACAGUCUGUGUUGUGUAUGCCUUCUGUGGAGUUUUGUUUGGCUUAUGCAGCCUGACAAACCUCACGGUGCUCACCUCUGUCUGCUGGCUCAAAGUCUGCUGCCCAAACUAUGGGAACAAGUUCUCCUACUGCCAUGCCUCCCAGCUUGUAGCUGGGGUCUGGUGCUAUGCUGCAGUGUUUGCAGUCGGUCCCCUGUCAGGCUGGGGAGAGUAUGGAACCGAGCCAUACGGGACAGCAUGCUGCAUCGACUGGUACGCCCCCAGCAGAAGCUCUGCAGCUUUGAGCUACAUCAUCUGCCUCUUCACCUUCUGCUACAUUGUUCCCUGCUCUAUCAUCAUUAUGUCCUACGUCUGCAUCCUGCUAACCAUCCGCGGCUCCCACCAGGCUGUGCAGCAGCACAUGUCACCUCAGAACAAGAUCGCAAAUGCACAUGCACUAAUUGUUAAGCUAUCUGUGGCGGUGUGCAUCGGUUUCCUCACAGCAUGGAGUCCCUAUGCUAUUGUAUCCAUGUGGGCAGCCUUUGGUAACCCACUGAACGUUCCACCCAUGUCGUUUGCACUGGCUGCAGUUUUUGCAAAAUCUUCCACCCUCUACAACCCUAUUGUCUAUUUGGUCUUCAAGCCUAACUUUCGCAAGUCUUUGUGUCGGGAUAUGGCCAAGUGUAGGACACUAUGGAUGCCUGUGCCAGCACAACUCCCCCAAACUGGAACCAGCAACCAAUGUCAUCACAAACAAGAGUUGGACUCCACAAGGUUAUCAAAUGGACUCGCGGAGAAUCACAAGAGCUGCAGAGAUGAUCCCUACCCUAAAGCAAACACUGAUAACAGCGAAAACUGUGCAGAUCGCAGCCCCCAACAGCGGACUGCCAUGAUCUUGGAAGGAUCAGCUCAUAGUGAAGUGGUGGUCAGUCAGCUCUCCAAUGAGUUACAGAGUGACUUCCUCUGAAAGAAAUACUCAGUCACACAGUGUGAAGGUGAUGCAUGAACAGGAAUGGAGAGGAAAAAGAUGACAACUUGAGGGAAUCAAAGUUGAACAAACUUGUGCAACGCCUCAAAUAUGUGACACUGCCAAAAACAUCUGCACUACGAUGGAAAA